AUGAAAUUCCUGUCAGUUAACUUGUUGAUUCUUUUCAUUGUUUCUUUGGUAGCAGCUUCUUCUCAAUGGACUAAAGAAGAUUAUGAAAUUUUUAAUUUAAAUGACAAAAUUCAAGAAGAUUUAGGAAAGAAGGUAACGUUCUAUUCUUGGCUUGGAUUAGAAAAUGGUCCAAAAUCAACCCAGCAAGAAAUUACAAAGGCUUAUAGACAACUUUCCCGUAAGUUACAUCCUGACAAAUGGAAUUCAAAACCUAAGAAUCAAAGAAAGAAAGCAAAUGAAAGAUUUCAACGAUUAUCAUUGGUAGGAAAUAUUUUAAGAGAUCAAUCUUUGAAAAGAAGAUAUGAUUAUUUUUAUAAUAAAGGUUUCCCUAAAUGGAAAGGAACUGGUUAUUACUAUUCCAAAUUCCGUCCUGGUUUGAUAUUUACAUUGUCUAUUAUUUAUUGUCUUGUUGGAAUUUUCCAUUUUGUUGGUCUUAGAAUUAAUAGAAAACAAGAUUAUAAACGAUUGGUUGAUUUGAAAAAUGAAAUCAAAAAUCAAGCAUGGGGAGGUUCUCAAAUACCACCAAGUGAUGGAUCUGAUCGUAAAAUAGUUAAUGAAUCUAAUGGGAAAACAUUCCUUAUUAAACCAGAUGGUUUUGUUUAUUUAAUAAAUUCUGAAGAUAAUGAUAAUUUAGUGGAAUUAGAUGAAAAUGAAAUCAAUUUAUCUCCUGGAUUUAAAGAAUCCUUAUUCUUUAAGAUUCCAAUCUAUUUUUACAAUCUUACCAUUGGAAAUUACGUGGGUAAGCCAAUUAGUACCAAUGUUGAAUAUGUCAACAAGAAGAAAGUUGAAGAACAAGCUGCAGAACAAGCGGAAAAGAAGAAACAAAGGAAAAAGGCUAAAAGAGGAGGUGAAAGAAUUGAAUUACCAAAUGGUAAAGUUGUUUAUAGUAGAAAGAAAUAA